AUGAGCGGGGCACCUGUUCCGCCCGCAAAGCUUAGCGUUCGAGAGCGACUACGUCAACAACUCAGGCCCAGAAGCCGUGCUUCAUCACCCACCCCGGCGCCAGUCUCAACCCAGGCGUUGACAUCAUCAGCGCAGUCACCAGGUUCAUCGUCAACGCAGAUUUUAGCAUCGUCGAGCUCACCAUCAACUGGCCUGGUUGUCGCUAACUCACCGGGUGCCAGCGCCACCCCUUCAUCACAACAGCAGGCAACGUAUUCUCUCUCCUCUAGCAGCAAUCUCUUGGAUGAUGCGCUCAAGCGACUCUCAGAUAGCGAUCGUGCAACCCUUCGAGAAUAUGUUCUCCCAACUUCCGACAUUGGCUUCACCCUUAGGCAGGCUUUGGCCGCGGCCGAGGAGAAGCAACGUUACUGCAUCGAGAAGAGGUGGACAUUCACAUUUGGUGGGCGGAAAGUCACUUUGAAAGAGGAGGCCGACAAGGUGGUUCACUGGCUGAACCGAUUUACAGGAGUGGGAGAUGUCGUGGCUAAUGUGGAUCCUGUGCAUGUCGGCUUGCCGUGGGCUGGCAUUCGCUUGCUCCUUGUAGCUACCGUCUCGGAGGCGAACCAAAUGGCUUCGCUGUUGGUCGGGUGCGAGACUGCCCUAUACAUGGCAAAUCGACUCACGGCAUAUAUGGGCUUUUUGCAAGGUCUGCCUGCGACAGUGACACGGACCAACUUCGAGGCUAGAUUGACGAGACUGUGUGCGUGCAUCCUCCAAUUUCUAGCUCAAGCUAUCCGAUCAUACCAGUCCCCGACAUGGAAACGUGCCCUGAAAGCGUUUUGGGAAGACAGCGAUGUUCAGGAAUUUGAAGCAGAGUGCGAUCGUCUAGGGAUUCAAGUCGAGAUUGAGGCGACUACUUGUGACCGCACCUUAAGUACCCAAGACCGAAGGCGCACUGAACAGUUGAGGCAAGGGCUAUACACGGUACUCCAAGAGAUUAAAGGCCUCCACUCAAUUCAAGAAUCGCUUAAGCAGCUGCAGAUCAAGAUUGAUUUAGACAAGUUGCCAUAUGCGAAAGGAGCUAUGUACAAUUCAUAUGGCGAUGACCUCAUUACCUGUCACCCUGCUACUCGAGUCGACCUCCUUCGUCAAAUCCAGGAUUGGGCUCAACAACCAGACAGUAAGAGCAUCUUCUGGCUCAAUGGAAUGGCGGGCACGGGUAAGUCGACCAUCUCUCGGACCAUCGCAGGGUGGCUGGCCGAUCAAGGUCGUUUUCGAGUGGUCGAUCUUGGGGCGAGCUUCUUCUUCAAACGAGGUGAAGGUGACCGAGGCUCCGCACCACGAUUCUUUCCGACCAUUAUCCGCCAGCUUGUGUUGAAGAUACCCGGGUUGGAUGAUCUCGUCGCCGAUGUGAUAACUGGCGACCCGCUCAUUUUCGACAAGGGUUUGGGUGAGCAAUUCCGCAAAUUACUGGAUCAGCCAUUACGCAAAGUCAACGUUGGUCCUCGUGCUUGUCCUAUCCUGGUCGUUGUGGUUGACGCUCUAGACGAAUGUGAGAAAGACAGUGACAUUGAGACUAUUCUCAAACUGUGGUCUCAAAUACCGCGAAUUACGACUAUUCGUCUAAGGCUCUUUAUAACGAGCCGACCCGAGCUGCCUAUUCGACUAAUAUUUAAGGAUAUGUCGGUCGAUGCCUAUCAGGAUAUGUCUCUGGAAAUCUAUCAGGAUAUCCUUCUCUACAAUGCGGUUCCCCGGACGACAAUUCAGUCUGAUAUCUUGACUUUUCUGCAAGACAAGUUUUCGGAGUUUCGGAAAAAUAUCAAGGCGGAUCCACCACUCGAUCAGGACUGGCCAUGUCAGAAAGAUCUCGAAGCUAUAGUCAAUAUGGCUGUCCCAUUGUUUAUCGUUGCCGCCACUGUGUAUCGCUUUGUGAGUGAUAUUAACUACGAUCCCCGAGAACGACUUGAAACAAUCUUGAAAUUUCAUGGGACGGGUCAGUUGGAGCAGAUGGAACAGACAUACCUGCCUGUACUUAGGCAACUAUCCGUACAAUUCAGCUCACAGGACAAGAAAAAGCUGUACCAAGAGUUCCGGAUGGUUGUAGGAUCUAUUGUCACUCUCGCUGAACCGCUUUCCAGGAAGUCUCUUGCAGCUCUUCUCCAAAUGUCUCAAGAAACGUUGAAGCGCCGCCUCAACCCAUUAUAUUCUGUUCUGCGAGUUCCUGAUGAUGUUGACACACCAAUUCGGACCCUCCAUCUAUCCUUUCGAGAGUUCCUUUUAAGCGACAAACUUCAAAAUGAACCUUUCGGAGUGAAUGGCCCAGCUACGCAUCGAAUGCUAGCGAGGAAAUGCCUAGAACUACUCUCGGAGUCGGAUGGUCUACAAGAGAACUUGUGUAAGCUUGCGUAUCCAGGACAACUACGACGAGAGGUUAACCAGACUACAAUCGAUGAACGUCUCACACCCGCUUUUCAGUAUGCAUGUCGAUAUUGGGUCCAUCAUGUUGAACAAAGCAUGGUCCGAAUUCAUGAUGAAGACGAAGUGCUCCUGCAAGAAGCAGUGCACGUCUUCUUGCAGGAGCACUUCCUACACUGGCUUGAAGCUCUAAGCCUAAUGGGCAGAAUUUCUGAAGUUGUUGGGCAUGUGGGCGUCUUACAAUCGCUUUUGUCAGUAAGUGACCUCUGA